ACUUGGGUGAAGCUGUCUGAGGUCACUGUCAAGGGUGCUCAAUAUAACUCUCCUGAAUGUUAUCCCCACCCAGAAUGUUUGCAAGGGACCCAGGUGGAUCUCCUCAAACACAUCAAUGGAUUCCUGGACGACCCAGAGAAGAAUCAACUUAUUUGGCUGCAUGGCAUGGCUGGCAUCGGAAAGUCUGCUGUUGUGUUCACAGUAGCUGAGAGGAUGAGAGGAUUAAAAGUAAUAGAAGAGAUGAAUGUUGAAAAGCGGCUAGCAGGGACCUUCUUUUUCUUGUGCAAAAAAAUAGAAUGUCACACAGCUGGAUAUUUUUUUGCAAUGCUUGUCUACCAGCUUGCUACCAAUUUUCCAAGCAUCCAGAAGGAUGUGAACAGAGUUAUCUGUGAUGAUCCUGCUCUACUAGAUCCCAGCACACCUCUCUGUGACCAGAUGGGAGCUUUUUUUCUCAAACCUCUCUGGUGGCUUCAAAUCAGAUUGCACAGGUGCCCACCUUUGUUGUUUGUUGUCGAUGCCCUUGAUGAAUGCACAUCAGGAACAUGA